UCACCCGUUACUUAGGGAAAAAAAAGGAAAGAAAAGAGGAGGAAGAUCAAAUGAAUAAGGUGGAAGAUGAAGUGGCUCUUAUCUCCCCAUUAUACUCUGCUGCUUUCUCCCAAAUUGCACCUCAGCAAGCGGAAGCAAAGCCCCGACGGCGGCGGAACAGGAACAAAGGAGGGGAAGACAGCCGUUUCGGGGCUAAAAAGAGGAAGCUUACACAGGAACAAGUUGAUGUACUUGAACUUAACUUUGGUAAUGAGCAUAAACUCGAGUCUGAAAAGAAAGACAGACUCGCUUCCGAACUCGGACUCGAUCCCCGUCAGGUUGCUGUUUGGUUCCAGAACCGAAGAGCUCGCUGGAAGAACAAGAAGCUCGAGGAAGAGUUUAGCAAGCUGCAGUCCAUCCACGACGGCGUCGUUCUCGAGAAAUGUCGUCUUGAAUCGGAGGUUAUGAAGCUUAAAGAGAAGCUGUGUGAAGCGCAGAAGGAAAUCCAACGGCUGGGGGAGCGAGUAGAUGGGGUAUCGAGUAACAGUCCGAGCUCAUCUCUGACAAUGGAAGCCAUGGAUGCACCAUUCCUUUUUGAAUUUGGAGGAUAUGAAGAUGUUUUCUGCAUAGCAGAGAACAGUUACAAUAUCCAUGGCAUGGAGUGGAUGAAUCUGUGAAUGUAAUUGAAGUAGGAGGUUGAUUUCUAGCAUUUGUAGAUAAUUAUGAUAUCUAAUGCAAAUUAAUCCUUAAUAUCCAGGCUUUAAUGUUGACCCGAA